GUUUUCUCACUGAAGAGUGUGCACUCUGCGGUGGUCGAAGCAUCAAGGCGUCAUAGCUGUGAUGCACAUGCGAUUUUGAGCCUGGGUUUGGCGCUCGAGAGGGUGAAUCCCAACUCAGUUUUGGCGGACUGGAUCAAGCUCUUGCCUCUCACCUUUGCAAAUGUGCUGUGGUUCUCCGACAGGCAGUUGACACUGGUGCAGAGGACUUUCUUUUCCUACAUAGUCCAGAAUUGGUUUGAGGACCUCGACUGCAUGGGUCGGGCCGCUAAGGAGAUGAAUCCAAAUCUUUGGCGUGGACGACCGGUCACGAAGGAGGACCUGCGCUGGGCACUCAGCGUGGUGAAAACCCGCGGUUUCGCGUUUGAGGGCACCCGGGAGAGCACCAUGCUGAUACCACUGGCCGACUUCCUCAAUCAUAACAUGGUUGCCAGCGUUCGAACGGCAACCCUGGCAGAGGACGCACUUCGGUUCGUCGCCACCAAGGAUGUGAUGCCUGGUGAUGAGCUGUGCAUCGAUUACGCGCAGGCUUCCAAUUUAGAGUUCCUUGUCCGCUACGGUUUCCGAGUCGAG